GACACUUGAGAAGAGUACUUUCUGGCUGAACGAUGGUGUCGGUCUCCUUGCUUACUUCAUUUUCCUUUAAUGCUUGACACUUUUUGAUGAGUGGGGAGUUAUAUCAAGUGUCACACUUUAGUUUUUUUUUUGUCGUCCUCUGGUUGGUUCUUAACCAAAAAGUAAAGCACUUCCAUUGUAUUUCGACAUUUGUUACCGCAAAAAAAAAAGUGGGAUUACUGAUUAGUUAGUUGAUUAAAUAUUCCUAAUCACAAUAAACAUAGCUUAUCUAGAUAACUCCUAGAUAAAAUUUAUUUCCUAUUUCAAAUAACUUUAGGUUAGCUUGAGGAUCAAGCUAUCUUCAAGAUUAUUCUCAACAAAAUUAUUAUAUAAAGCAUGCACACGAAGAGAAGAAAGAACAAGAUAAAACCUAUUUUUUUAGCAACCUAAACGUAGGCAGAUAGCGAAAGUAUGAGAAGAGGAGGGUUUCGUGUGUUGGAUAUGGUGAAACCGUUUUUGCCGUAUCUGCCAGAAGUGCAGAGUGCUUUUGAGAAGAAGAAGAAGGUUCCAUUGAGAGAGAAGGUCAUCUAUACCCUGACCACUCUCUUCGUGUUUCUCGUUUGUAGUCAACUUCCUCUCUACGGUAUCCACUCCACCACCGGCGCGGAUCCAUUCUACUGGAUGCGUGCCAUCCUCGCCUCGAGCCGUGGCACCCUCAUGGAGCUCGGUAUCGGUCCCAUCAUCACAUCAGGGCUCGUGAUGCAGUUCUUGACUGGCUCAAAGAUUAUUCAGGUCAACGAUGAGGAGGAUCAUGCUCUCUUGAACGCUGCUCAGAAGCUUCUCGGCGUUCUGAUCGCCUUAGGUCAAGCCGUGACAUACGUCCUCUCUGGUAUGUAUGGUCCAGUUGCUCAGCUCGGUGUGGGAAACGCACUUCUCAUCGUGCUCCAGCUUGUCUUUGCCGGAGUCAUCCUCCAGUGUCUGGACGAGCUUCUCCAAAAGGGGUAUGGUCUUGGCUCCGCGAUCUCCCUUUUCAUAGCGACUAGCCUCUGCGAGAGCGUUAUAUGGAAAGCCUUUAGCCCCGUCACGUUCAACAACAUCGGACGGUCUGGACAGGAGUUUGAAGGCGCGUUGAUCUCGCUCUUCCAUAACCUGAUAACCAAGUCAAGCAUCCGACAAGCUUUCUUCAGACAGAGCCUUCCAAACGUUACAAACUUGCUUGCAACGGUCUUGGUCUUCCUCAUCGUCGUCUACCUCCAAGGCUUCCGCGUUGUGUUACCUGUUUGGUCAAAGAACUCCCGACAAGGCAGCGGCUACCCGAUCAAGCUCUUGUACACCUCCAACAUGCCCAUCAUUCUCCAAUCCGCUCUAGUCUCAAAUCUCUACUUCAUCUCUCAGCUUCUCUACAACAACUUCAGCGGAAGUUUCCUGGUGAACUUGUUGGGACAGUGGAGAGGACCCACACCAGUCGGUGGUCUCGCUUACUUGAUCACAGCUCCAUCAAGCCUGGCUGCUCAUCCUUGCCACACACUCUUCUACAUCGUCUUCAUGCUCUCUACUUGUGCCUUUCUAUCAAAGACAUGGAUUGAAGUCUCGGGUUCCUCCGCCAGAGACGUGGCCAAGCAGCUCAAGAAACAAGGGAUGUGGAUGGAUGGGCACAGAGACUCCAAUCUACACAAGGAGCUUAACCGCUACAUCCCAACAACAGCUGCCUUUGGAGGAAUGUGCAUUGGUGCACUCACUGUUCUUGCUGACCUCACCGGAGCUAUUGGCUCAGGGACUGGUAUCUUGCUUGCCGUCACGACCAUAUAUCAGUUUCUCGACACUUUUGACAAGGAACUAGCCACCGAGUCAUGAAGCCGUCGCCACUACAUUAUAUUGUAUAUACAUUAAACUCCUAUUUUAAGAUUUAACUUGUUUCAUGUAUUUUUUUUCUGUUAAUGCACAUUUGUAAUGUAGGAUCUCACGAUAUAUCCUACAUCACAAUCUUCUUUUUCUUUUCUUUUUUGAAUAACAAUCUUCUUCUUCUUAUUCCUCUCUAUAUUUUUUCUUUCUUUCUGUAUGUAUUUUAAACCCGAUGAGGCGAUGCAGCUACAUCUGACAACAUGGCAAUGUUAAGUCACGAAUUACACCUAAAAAUUAUACCUUAGCUAGUGAUUUUUAAAGCAUGCAUAAUAGUAAGAAAGUAAAAUACCGCAAUGUUACGUGCUACCUAACGUUUUUAUCUAAUCAAAUAGAUAGGACUUUGAUUCUUUCUCUAUUUGUUUUUCAAGUGUCACACAAUAUAAAUUCGAUAAAAAUCUCCCUUAAAAAAAGAAAUUUGGGAUUGAGAAUAGCUCAGGAGAAGUCACAUAUAAAAUAUCUGUUAAUUUGAGAAUUUAGAUAAAAUAUCAUAUUGUUUUAGAUAAAAAUAAUUGAAUAAUUUUUUUUGAUAAUUCAGCUUUUAGGUAAUUUUAUAUACUUCGUAUAUGAAUAAUUUGUCUACAAGAUUAUUUUGAAGUUAAAUGCAACUAAUAUUUUAAAAAUCUAUACUAAUAAAAGGGACCUUUUGAGGCUCCAUAGAGCGUCCACAUCAGCAAAAAAAACUUCUUCCGAAAGAUGACAUGUGGCAUAAAAUAUAAUUUUACAU